GUUUAAUGAGAAGAAUCGUGACCAGCUAGGAGAAUUUUCUGCAAGGAAUGGAAUUAGCUCAUAGCUUAUUGCUGAAUGAAGAAGCAUAUAAUCAACUAGGUGAAGUUCAGAAGGCAGAGUUUAUUUUCGAUUGGUUGAGAUAUUUGGAGAAGCUCUUGCUGGCGACCAGCAGGAGUGAUGUAAAGGAGAAACAGAAGACUCUUGUUGAACAGCUCCUAUCUUUGUUGAACAGCUCCCCAGGCCCUCCUACCCGCAAACUGCUUGCUAAAAAUCUAGGCGUUCUUUAUAGUAUUGGUGACACAUUCUCUGUUUAUGAGACAAUCGAUAAAUGUAAUGAUCUUAUUCGUAGCAAAGAUGAUUCUCCAAGUUAUCUUCCCACAAAGCUAAAACCAAUAAUGCAAUUUACGAUUUUGGAUAAAUCCGAAUCGGCAGAAGCUAAGUCUCAAGGUCGAUAUGAGAUUAUGCUGAGUUUGCAAAAUAUAUUGAAUGGACUAGGAGCUGCUGCUACACCUUGCCACAGGGAUGUUUAUAAAGCUGCUAAAUCCUGCUUAACAGAUAGAUCCAUGGCUGUUCGUUGUGCUGCUGCAAAGUGUCUCCUUGAACUUCAGAAAGAGGCCAUCUUUAUGUGGAGUACAGACCUGGAUAGUGUGGCCACACUAUGUUUUAAGUCCUUUGCAGGUUCCAAUUAUGAUGUGCGGAUUUCAGUUUCAAAGCUACUAGGCACAGUGUUGGCUAAAGCUAUAAUUUCUAAACAUCCAGGAGCAGCAGUCUCACGUCAAAGCAUUCGCAGAGUAUCUCUGGAGGAAGUUCUGGAAUUACUAGGAACAGGGUUUCUACGUGGGAGUUCAGGAUUUCUUCGAGCCAGUGGAGAUAUGCUGAAAGGAACCAGUUCAGUCAGUAGGGACGUUCGAGUUGGAGUUACUCAGGCUUAUGUGGUAUUUGUUUCAACAUUAGGAGGAACAUGGCUGGAGAAAAAUUUUGCUGCCUUUCUUUCUCAUAUCCUAAGCCUUGUGUCACAGUCACACCCUAAAGCCACCCAAACUCAGACUGAUGCUGUCUGCGGUCGCCGUUGUGUUUCAUUUAUCCUUCGAGCUACUAUAGGAGGUCUUCUUGGAGAAAAGGCUCAAAUUGCUGCUGCCAAGGAUAUUUGCCAGGCUAUCUGGAAGUUGAAGAAAGUUGUGGAUGCCGUGAUGAAUGAUGGUAAUGUGGAAACCCGGGUUGGCUCCACAGAUGCAACAGCCAGCCAGCAUAUGCUGGUGUGUGCUUUACAAGAGCUUGGAAAUCUCUUAUACAGUCUUGGCACCACAGCUGCACCUUUACUGCAGGAUUCAAGUGCAGGUAUUCUUGACAGUGUCAUUUCAGUUAUUCAGCAUCCUAGCAUUUCUGUUCGACUAGCAGCAGCUUGGUGUUUACACUGCAUUGCUGUGGCAUUACCUUCUUACCUAACACCUCUUUUAGACCGUUGCCUGGAACGGCUUACUAUACUUAAGUCUUCACCUGAAGCAGUGACUGGCUUUAGUUUUGCUGUGGCAGCUUUGUUGGGAGCAGUGAAACAUUGUCCUUUAGGAAUUCCUCAUGGAAAGGGCAAGAUUAUUAUGACAUUAGCGGAGGAUUUGCUGUGUUCAGCUGUACAAAACAGUCGUCUUUCAGCUCAGCGCACACAAGCUGGAUGGUUGUUGAUUGCAGCCCUGAUGACGUUAGGUCCUGCGGUUGUCAGUCAUCACCUUGGUCGAGUUCUGCUGUUGUGGAAGUGUGUCUUUCCAGUGUCUCCUAAAGAUCUAGAAACAGAAAAAAGCCGGGGAGAUUCAUUUACAUGGCAGGUAACCUUGGAAGGACGAGCUGGUGCGCUCUGUGCUAUCAAGAGUUUUGUUUCCCACUGUGGUGAUCUCCUUACUGAGGAAGUAAUUCAGCGUCUUCUUCCACCACUUCCUUGUGCUGUGGAUUUGCUAACUCAGCUUUCUUCAGUGCUAAAAACCUAUGGAAGCACUUUGAAAACACCAUCAGUAGUUUAUAGACAAAGGCUUUAUGAAUUACUGAUUUUAUUACCUCCUGAAACCUAUGAAGGAAACCUUUGUACUAUCCUCAAAGAGCUGGCUGCUGACUUGACUGCCUCUGAUAUACAGGUGGCAGCAUCUGCAUUUUUACUUCCACCCCUCUGUCAUCAGGAUGAUCUUGUGAUAUUAAGUCCUUUGCUACAAGAGACUGACCAUAGAUUUAUUGAAGAACAGCUCCUGCUUGGUAAUGGUAUUGCUUGUGGAAGUUUGGAGUAUGACCCUUACUCUAUUUAUGAGAAAGAUGUAGAGGGAGAUUCAGUGCCUAAGCCCCUACCUCCAAUACUAUCAGUUAUUAGCUCUGCAGUCAAGCUCUUUGGAGUUGUGUGUGCUCAUGUGGGAGAAGCCCAAAGGCUUUUUAUACUGGAACAGCUUUUGGACAGUAUAAAGCACUCAAAAGGAGCUCGUCAACAAAUAGUUCAGUUACAUGUUGUUUCUUCACUCUCUAGUUUCUUGAAGUACUUAGCUGUCUCCAAGGGAAAUUUGGGUCCAGAAGAAAUGAGAAGACCUGCCCUAGCGUUGGUGAUGGGAGCCCUAGAAAGUCCCAACCCCCUCUUGAGAUGUGCAGCUGCAGAGGCAUGGGCUAGAUUAGCCCAAGUGGUUGAUGAUGGAGCUUUUACUGCUACAUUAGCUCAAGUCAGCUUUGACAAAUUGAAAUCAGCAAGGGAUGUGGUUACCAGAACAGGAUACUCAUUGGCUUUGGGAUCCUUACAUAGAUAUUUAGGAGGAAUAAGUUCUUCUCAACAUUUGAAUUCUUGUGUUGGAAUCCUUUAUACUUUGUCUCAGGACACUACUUCUCCUGAUGUGCAGACCUGGGCACUACAUUCACUAUCAUUGAUAAUUGAUUCUGCUGGCCCACUCUAUCAUUUGCAUGUGGAACCCACCCUUUCUCUUAUUAUAAUGUUAUUGUUAAAUGUGCCUCCUACUCAUGCUGAAGUUCAUCAAAGUCUUGGUCGCUGUUUGAAUGCCCUUAUUACUACAUUGGGUCCAGAGCUACAGGGUAAUAGUACUUCCAUUUCCACCUUAAGGACUUCCUGUCUUUUGGGUUGUGCAGUGAUGCAAGAUAACACAGACUGCCUUGUUCAAGCUCAGGCCAUUUCUUGCCUUCAGCAGCUUCAUAUGUUUGCUCCAAGACAUGUCAACCUAUCUAACUUGGUCAGCUGCCUCUGUGUGAAUCUUUGUAGUCCCUAUUUGUUAUUGAGAAGAGCAGUACUGGCUUGUUUACGUCAGCUUGUACAGAGGGAAGCAGCUGAAGUUUCAGAACAUGCUGUUAUGCUUGCUAAGGAUAGCAGAAAAGAGUUGACUCCAGAUGCUAACAUCAGAGAAGUGGGCCUUGAAGGGGCAUUAUUGACCUUACUAGAUAAAGAGACAGAUCAGAAGUUAUGCCAUGAUAUCAAAGAGACUUUAAAUCAUAUGCUUACAUCUAUGGCAGUGGAUAAGCUCUCCUUCUGGUUAAAGCUUUGUAAAGAUGUACUUGCUGCAUCAGCUGAUUUUACAGCUGUAACUUGUGUGGAUACAAUGCAAGAAGAGGAAGGAGAUAAAGGGGAUGAUGCCUCAGUUCUGACCACCAGAAAUGAUGAUAAAUCAUAUCCAUGUACCAAUCCCCAUUGGGCUACUAGAGUCUUUGCUGCCGAGUGUGUCUGUAGGAUAAUUAACCAGUGUGAGAAUGCACACAGCGCACAUUUUGACAUUGCUUUAGCACAAGAAAUGAAAAAAAGGGAUUCAAGAAAUGACUUUUUGGUGCUACAUCUUGCCGACUUAAUUCGCAUGGCCUUUAUGGCUGCCACGGAUCACAGUGACCAGCUCCGUCUUUCUGGCCUUGAAACACUGUUAGUUGUUAUUCGGCGAUUUGCAGCUAUUCCAGAACCGGAGUUUCCAGGUCAUGUGAUUCUGGAACAGUAUCAAGCCAAUGUAGGAGCGGCACUUAGGCCAGCCUUCACUUCGGAGACGCCACCUGAUGUCACUGCCAAAGCAUGUCAGGUUUGCAGUGCCUGGAUAGCAAGUGGAGUUGUAAGUGACCUUAAUGAUCUCCGAAGAGUUCAUCAGUUGCUUGUUUCAUCAUUAACAAAAAUACAGGCUGGAAAAGAGGCUCUGAGUCACUUAUAUAAUGAAAGUGCCUCUACCAUGGAAAUAUUAGCUGUGCUGAAAGCCUGGGCAGAGGUCUACGUAAUUGCUGUAGAAAGACAUAAAAGCCACAGAGAACCUUUGAAGACUACCACCUGUUCAGAAGAGAGUGUCAGAAAUGGGUCGUAUUCGUCAGAUGGACUGCUUGACUUAGUCCACACAGACCUGGGCACAUUGAGUAGGCUCUGGCUUGCUGCGCUUCAGGAUUUUGCUCUCUUAACGUUGCCUGCAGAAUUUGCCUCCCAACUUCCUGUUGAAGGUGGUGCUUUCUACACCGCAGAGACUAGUGAAAAUGCAAAAUUGCAUUAUUACAACUCCUGGGCACUUAUCCUGCAUGCUACAGCAUUGUGGCUUACCAGCACAGGCUUUGUUGUUGCUGACCCGGAUGAAGGAGCAUCUCAUCUCUCAAGACCUGUAACACCAACUUCCAUGUGUCAGGGUUCAUCAUCUGGGGCUACGGUAAAGUCCCCUGAGGAUGUCUGCACUGAUAGAUUCCAUCUUAUUUUAGGGAUCAGUGUGGAAUUUCUCUGUUCCUUACGCUCAGAUGCGACCAUGGAAAGCAUUACUGCUUGUUUACAUGCAUUACAGGCCCUUCUGGAUGUUCCUUGGCCCAGAUCUAAAAUUGGCAGUGACCAGGACUUGGGCAUCGAGUUGUUGAAUGUACUACAUCGAGUAAUUUUGACCCGAGAAUCACCUUCUAUUCAAUUGGCUUCACUUGAAGUGGUAAGACAGAUUAUCUGUGCAGCUCAGGAACAUGUCAAGGAGAAAAGACGAAGUGCAGAAGUUGAUGAUGGGGCUGCCGAAAAGGAAACCCUGCCAGAGUUUGGAGAGGGAAAGGACACAGGAGGACUUGUGCCUGGGAAAUCUUUGGUUUUUGCAACACUGGAAUUGUGUGUAUGCAUUCUAGUUAGACAGCUUCCAGAACUAAAUCCUAAAUUGACAGGUAGCCCAGGAGUAAAAGCUACAAAGCCACAGGUGCUAUCGGAAGAUGGAAGUAGAUUGGUGUCAGCUGCGUUAGUCAUCCUCUCUGAACUUCCUGCUGUGUGCUCUCCUGAAGGAAGCAUCUCAAUUCUCCCUACUAUAUUGUACCUUACAAUUGGGGUGCUCAGAGAAACUGCUGUGAAGUUACCUGGGGGCCAGUUAUCUUCAACUGUUGCAGCUUCCCUACAGGCUCUGAAAGGAAUAUUGUCUUCUCCCAUGGCCAGAGCAGAAAAGAGUCACACUGCUUGGACUGACCUCCUCCGUAGUGCUUUAACAACAAUACUUGACUGUUGGGAUCCAGUAGAUGGAACACAUCAAGAACUUGAUGAAAUCAGCCUACUUACUGCUAUCACAGUAUUUAUUUUGUCUACCAGUCCAGAAGUUACUACCAUUCCAUGCCUUCAGAAGCGCUGUAUUGAGAAAUUUAAGGCUACUCUUGAGAUAAAAGAUCCUGUGGUACAAAUCAAGACCUAUCAGCUCCUACUUUCCAUUUUUCAGUAUCCAAAUCCAGCUGUCUCCUACCCAUACAUUUACUCUUUAGUAUCCUCUAUUGUGGAAAAACUACAGGAAAUAGACAAGAGAAAGCCUGAAGACACUACUGAACUUCAGAUCUUUCAAGAAGGCAUAAAGGUCUUGGAAGCACUGGUAACCAUUGCAGAAGAACAGCACCGUUCUCAGCUGGUGGCCUGUCUUCUGCCCAUCCUCAUUUCCUUCCUUUUGGAUGAUAAUGCUCUGGGAUCAGCAACUUCCAUAAUGAAAAAUUUACAUGACUUUGCUUUGCAAAAUCUCAUGCAGAUUGGGCCUCAGUAUUCAUCAGUUUUUAAAAAUGUAAUGGCUUCUUCUCCAGCGCUGAAAGCCCGCCUUGAGGCUGCUAUCAAGGGCAAUCAGGAAAAUGUCAAAGUCAAGAUACCAGCACCUAAACAUACCAAGAACCCUGGAAAGAAUGCAAGCAUCCAAUUAAAGACCAAUUUCCUCUGAUUUUUUUGUUUUAAUAGUAAGCACCUUAAUAAAAUACUUGAUUAUUUCCUUCUCUUUGGGGACAAAAGUGACAUUUUAGACACAAGUGCACUUGGAGGUCUGGUUGAUUGUCUUAAAUAGCUGUGACUUUUCGAAGUAAUAUCAAACUUAACAUUUUUUGUGGGUUUUUAUUUUUUUUUUCAAUUUAAUAAAACCACAGAGCUCUUGCCAGGAAUUUCAAGAAAGUGCUAAAGAAUUAAACUUACUAAACAAUCCAUUGCUUUAGAAAUGAAAUGGAUUUCUUCUGACAGUCCAUACACACACGGUAUACUUAAUACUUUGGUAGAUAUAGAUUUGACUUUAAAUUAUCUGCAUUUAUAUUGUAUCCCAAUUGCUAAUUUAAAAUUCUGCCUU